CUUUCUUAUUACUCUCUCAUCUCAAUACACGCACACCGCUUCACAUCUUCUCUUCCUCUUUUUGACUACAAAUACAUUCAAGAGCUCACUUUGAAAAUCGAUUCAGAGUGUUCAUUUUAUUUCAAUUUACUUUCUUCUCUUCUGUUCUCUCCAUAGAAUCGAAUAGAAAAAGAGUUUGACCAAUCAAUCGAUAAAUCUCCGACUUCGCUGUCUAGUUCCAUCCUCUAGCACGCAAUCCGUGGUCCGUUUAAAUACUUCGACUUCACCCAUCUUUUACCUUUGAACAUCAUCAUCACAUUUCAAUACCGCAAAUAUGGUUCAAUCAUCCGUUCUUGGUUUCCCUCGCAUGGGAGCUCUCAGAGAUCUCAAGAAAGCUACUGAGGCAUACUGGGGUCAAAAGAUCUCUCAAGAUGAUCUCCUCGCUGAAGCCAAGAGACUCCGUCUUGCUCACUGGAAGAUCCAAAAGGAUGCCGGUGUCGAUAUCAUCCCAUCCAACGACUUCGCUCUCUACGAUCAAGUUCUUACCCACAUUCAAGACUUCGGUGCUACCCCAGAAAGAUAUACCAAGCAUGGUCUCGACCCAAUCGAUCAAUACUUUGCCAUGGGACGUGGUCACCAACGUGAUGGCGUUGAUGUUCCAUCCUUGGAGAUGGUAAAGUGGUUCGACUCUAACUACCAUUAUGUCAAGCCAACUCUCCAAGACAACCAAUCUUUCAAGCUCACCUCAGACCCAAAGGCUGUUCGUGAAUUCAAGGAGGCCAAGGAUGCUGGUAUCACUACCCGACCAGUCUUGGUUGGUCCAGUUUCUUUCCUCCACCUCGGAAAGCCAGACCGUGGACAGUCCGUUGACCCAAUUGAUCUUUUGGACAACCUCCUCCCAGUUUACAUUGAGCUCCUUAAGCAACUUAAGGCUGCUGGUGCCGAGACUGUUCAAAUUGAUGAGCCAACCCUCGUCUUCGAUCUUCCAUCCAAGACCAAGGCUGCUUUCAAGCCAACUUACGAGAAGCUCGUCAGCUUAGGUGAUGAGAUCCCAAAGAUUGUCUUCGCCACAUACUUCGGUGACAUCGUUCACAACAUUGAUGCUCUCCCAACUGACAUCUAUGCUGUUCACGUUGAUUUGGUCCGUAACCCAGAGCAAUUGGACACUGUCAUCUCGGCUUUGGGAUCCAAGACCAUCUUGUCCGCUGGUGUUGUCGAUGGACGUAACAUCUGGAAGACCAACCUCAAGCGUGCUAUUGAGACUGUUGAGUCUGCCAUUCAAAAGCUCGGAAAGGACCGUGUCAUUGUUGCCACUUCCUCUUCCCUUCUCCACACCCCACACACUCUAGCAAGCGAGAAGAAGCUUGACCCAGAAAUUGCUGAUUGGUUCUCUUUCGCUUCCGAGAAGGUUGUUGAAGUUGCCAUCAUCGCUAAGGCUGUUACUGAGGGACCAGCUUCCGUCCGUGCUGAGCUCGAGGCUAACGCCAAGUCCAUUCAAGCUCGUGCUUCUUCCAAGAGAACCAACGACCCCAAGGUCAAGGAACGUCAAUCCAAGAUUGUCGAGAAGGAUUACAACAGAAUCUCUGAGUUCCCAGAACGUAUUGCUCAACAACAAAAGGCUUUGGGUCUUCCUCUUUUCCCAACCACCACGAUUGGUUCUUUCCCACAAACCAAGGAGAUCCGUAUCCAACGUAACAAGUUCACCAAGGGUGAAAUCACUGCUGAGGAGUACGAGAAGUUCAUUGAGAAGGAGAUCCAAGACGUUGUUAAGGUUCAAGAAGAACUUGACCUUGACGUCUACGUUCACGGUGAGCCAGAACGUAACGACAUGGUUCAAUACUUCGGUGAACGUCUCGAUGGUUAUGCCUUCACCACCCACGCAUGGGUUCAAUCAUACGGUUCCCGUUGCGUUCGUCCUCCUAUCAUCGUUGGUGAUAUCUCUCGCCCAGCACCAAUGACUGUUAAGGAGUCCAAAUACGCUGUCUCCAUCUCCAAGAAGCCAAUGAAGGGUAUGUUGACUGGUCCAAUCACUUGUUUGAGAUGGUCCUUCCCUCGUGAUGAUGUUCAUCAAUCCGUCCAAGCUGAGCAACUUGCUUUGGCUCUCCGUGAUGAGGUUGUUGAUCUCGAGGCUGCUGGUGUUUACGUCAUUCAAGUCGAUGAGCCAGCUCUUCGUGAGGGUCUUCCCCUUCGUCGUGGAAAGGAGCGUGAGGCUUACCUUGACUGGGCUGUUAAGUCUUUCAGACUUUCCGUCUCUGGUGUUCAAGAUUCCACUCAAAUCCACUCUCACUUCUGUUACUCCGAGUUCCAGGAUUUCUUCCACGCCAUUGCUGCUCUUGACGCUGAUGUUCUCUCCAUUGAGAACUCCAAGUCUGAUGCUAAGCUCCUCAAGGUCUUUGUUGACGAGGCUUACCCACGUCACAUUGGUCCAGGUGUUUAUGACAUUCACUCUCCUCGUGUUCCAUCCGAGCAAGAGAUCAAGGACAGAAUUGAGGAGAUGUUGCAAUUCCUCAAGCCAGAGCAACUUUGGAUUGAUCCUGAUUGUGGUCUUAAGACUCGUCAAUGGGCUGAGACUAAGGCUGCUUUGACCAACAUGGUCAACGCUGCCAAGUUUUACCGUCAAAAGUAUGCCAACAAGGCAUAAAUUUCUUUUCCCAUCCAUAUUUUAAUAGGGGAUGUGAUUUGAAGAUGAUGUCAUGAGCUUUUUUUCUUUUUUAUUUAUUAUAAUGUCUGCGGUUCUUUAACCAAUGGGAACGACUUCAACAUCGGCGUUUCUUGGUUGGGGCAUUUAAGACAAAAAGCGAUUUGUUAUUGUGAGCGUUGCUUGGGACUUUUCAACAGCAUAGGGCGGUAGUCCCUCGGUGGGUAACAGAUGAUCCAUCAACCGGACAUCUUGGUGGCGUGGCGCAUGAAUGACAUUUGAAAUAUGAUGGGAAAUGAAAAAAAAGGGGAUGGGGAUUUUGAAACUCUUGUGACGUUAAACCGACUUUACUAUCUUGAUGAUAGUCAAGGAGGACGACAAUGAGUGGUUAUUUGGUGGAGGAUGGUAGAUAUGAUAAAAGUAGUAAAAUACACCCUCUUCAACCGGGAAAAAAAAAA